UAGUUGCAGUUCAUGGUCCUCUCUGAUCGUGGUGCAAGGACUUAGCUGCCCCGAGGCAUGUGGGAUCUUAGUUCCCUGACCAGGGACUGAAACUGUGUGCCCUGCAUUGGAAGGCAGAUUCUUAUCCACUGGACCACAAGGGAAGUCCCCUAAUCAUUAACUCUUGAGUCAGCCUUUUAGUUCAAAAGACACGGACACAGAGGCUUGUGUACAGUUUCAAGUCCUAUUUCCGCUUCCUCAAUGGGAUGGUGGAUUUAUGGGUAGGAUGGAAGGAAGGAAGUGUUCACCAUUGACUGGAUAGAUGUAUGAACAGCUGAGUCGGUGGGUAAACAGAUGAACUUAGGGACAGGUGUAUGGACAGGUGAUUGGGUGGACAGAUUAUUAGAAGAAUGAUUGAUAAGGGUACUGAAUUCUACCCAGGCAUUCUGUCCCUAAGCCUAUUACCUGUCAGGACUCAACAUUUCUCUCUUCCUAAUUUUCCUGCAGAGACACUUCCCCAGCCCAAUGUCACAGUCAACAACUCAGCCCCAGGAGCAUGUAGAAUCCAUCAGCCUGCACAGCUUGAACCCAAAGAGCACUGUGGCCAUCCAGUGGUACAUCCGGGGCCAGAAGCUCUUCACUGGGGGCCACAGGGAGCUGUCCUCUGACCACAGGACACUGUAUAACAUCACCAGGAAUGACUUGGGCUUCUACCAGUGUGAGAGCUGCAACUCAGCCACCAGCAGCAUCAGCAACCCUGUUCUCAUCAAAGUCAUUUGACUUUGUGAGGGGAGACUGUUGUUCCAGUCUGCAGAUGAGAACACUGACACCCACGGGAUGAUAUAACCUUCUCAAGAAACCACUUCUGGGGCAUGGAGAGCUUGGACCACAGCCCCCGAAGAGGCAAAACCAUUACCAUCUUAAAGCUGAGGAAAGUGAUGACCAGAGGGGGGGACUGACAUGCCCAAGGCCGCACAGCUCACAGAUAGGGGAGCCGGGAUUCCAACCCCUGCAGUCUGGCUCCAGAGCUGGUUUGCUCAGCCUCAGCCUUCACUGGAGCAGAUCCUUGGUGAAUGCUGUGGCGUGAAUGGGACCCAGACAGAAGCAGCUGUUGGAGAUCUCAGCUCAGAUGUCCCCUCCUCCAACAAGUCUUCCCUGCCUCAUCCCAGAAGGCUGAGUCAGGCAGCUCAUGGUGAACUACUAGAGAAAAAAAUGGCAACCCACUCCAGUAUUCUUGGACUGAGGUACAGUUCAAGGGGUCACAAAGAGUCGGAUGCGACUGAGCUUAUGGUGAACCUGGCGCUGUUUUAUUAAGCUCUGGAUAACCAGGAACCAUCAUUAUUGACUUUAUUGUUGUAGCUGUUGACCAUUAUAAUUUCAGUUCCUGGUCCCUUUAACGCUGAUAUGCUUAAAUUGCCCCUCCCUGGCACUGCUUCUCCCUGGCAGCUCCCUCACCCCCAUCCCAAGUGGGCCUUUGAAUGGGAAGAGGCGUAAUUUUCAAGGGGAUCCGCGGCCAGAAGGCGGGGCUUCUUCCUCCUUUCGAGCCUUGGGGGAAACCCCAGGGUUCCGGGACGUCGGGACUUUGGUUCUCUCCGUGCUGGGAGGAGGAGGAAAGUAAAGCCUGGGGUAGAGGGCUGAGGAGGGUGCAGCCAAAGUUCCUCCUCUGCCACCCUCGCUGUCUGUCCCGGGAGCCACUGUCGCCGAAGUGCCUGUAAGUGGGCAGCUGGGCAGAGUGGAAGAGAAGAGAGCUGGAGAGGCUGCAGACGGAGUGAGGACCGGGUCAUCGUGCGGAAGGCGGGAAGAUAGCUUGGCGCUCUGAAGUCAGGUGUCAGGACCCAUGGAGUCCGCUGACCUACGGGGCCACCGCUGGGCAGAAAUCCUGCUCUCAGCCUCACUUUUGACCGUGUGGAGCUUGGCAGCUGCAGCCCAGAUCUCCCGUGAUGCUGUCGUCCAAGAACCUCUGACCAAGCCCACCAUUUCAGUAAGCCAGGGCACAGUCAUAGAGCACAGGGAAAAUGUGACCUUCUACUGUGACACCCCGGACAUCAACAUCACCAUCCACUGGGUCUCCAACCACCAGCCCCUGCCAUCCCACGAGCGCAUACAGCUGUCCACAGAUGGCAAGAUCCUCACCAUCCUCAGUGUCCAGCGGAAGGAUGCUGGGAUAUACCAAUGUGAAGCUUGGGGUGUCCUCGGGAUGAAGAGCAGUGACCCCACCUACCUGAUUGUGUACUAUGGCCCUGACCCAGUCUCUAUUAAGGUGGAGCCUGGUGUACCCAAUGGGGACACGGUUGAGGUGAUGGAGGGCUCCAAUGUGACCUUCUCAGCAGAAACUGAGUCUUACCCACAAGCUUCAUAUUCAUGGUUUUUCUCCAAUGACUCCAAGCCCAUCACUUGGAGCUUGUUCUUCAACAUGAGCAAUGUUACCAUCCAUGCCGUGUCCAAGGAACACGAGGGCACCUACAGGUGCUUGGUGUCCAACAGUGCCACCCAGAAGUCCCUCUGGGAUGCUGUCAAAGUCCGCGUCCUUGAAAGAGUGACCAAGCCUUACGUCAUGGCCCCAAACCGGACUCUCAUGGAGGACACCAGCUUUGUGGUCCUGACCUGCCAGACCACCCAUGAGGGAGUUGGAGUCCGGUGGUUCCUGGGGGACCAGCUCCUCCUGUCCAGCGAACACCUGGUGCCUGACAACAGGGCCCUGAUCAUCCACGGCCUUCGGCGGAAUGACACAGGGCCCUAUGCGUGCGAGGUCUGGAACUGGGGCAGCCAGGCACGGAGUGAACCCCUGAAGUUGAACAUCAGCUACGGCCCCGAUCGAAUGUAUUUCACCAGCGGGUCGGAGACCCUGGCAGACGCCACCGUCAGUGCGGAGCUCAACUCCCGCCUAACCCUGCGGUGUUGGGCUGAAUCCCAGCCGGAUGCUGAGUUUAACUGGACCCAUGACAACACCAGUGUGUACAAGGGGGAGCAGCUGGUUAUCGAGGCCCUGACUUGGAAACACCAAGGGAAUUACAGCUGCACAGCUUCUAACUCUGUCACACUGCUGACCUGCUCUGCCUCGGUCAUGGUCAGCGUCAUAGGUCACCGGUCAUCCCUGUCUGUAGGGGCCAUCGUUGGCAUUACCGUCGGGAUCCUGGCUAUUGUUGCCCUGGCCAUAGGGCUGGGCUGCUUCAUACACACUGGAAAUGCCAGAGGGCUCUCAAGGAGAACAACAGAGGAUACCGCCUAUGAGAACAUGACACCCACUUCUGAAGAGGGUCACCCUGAAGAGCUCGGUCGCAACUGGCCCAUGCCUGUGUAUGCCAAUGCACCCGCCAUUGAAGGACAGAUACCAGUCAAAAAGAUGCUGCCAGUAGACCCUCCAGAGCAAUUAUAUGAGCAGUUAUCACCUCCCACCAGCCACAGCCGGUAUUCUCAUGGCCCCAGGAAGCCAUCCUCCAAACUUGCAUUGGAUCCCUUGGUCCCAACUCCACAAAAAGAAAAUGCAGAGUCAAACUAUCAGGCACUUGUGAAUCCAGAACACAGCAUCUACUGCCAAAUCAACCAUUCCACCUAAUGGAAGCAGAGAUCCUUUCUCCAGAAAUCCUAAAGAAGUUACGCGCCAUCAUAUAUUCAAUGAUGUUUAUUACAUACACAUUAUGUUCCAGCCA